AUGUCUUCACUGCUAACAAGCAAACAAAUUUCUCAACUUGUUUCUCUCCCAGGCAACAAUAAAUGUGCCGAUUGCCAAGCACCAAAUCCCCGAUUUGCCGAUAUUAAACAAUUCACACUUUCGUGUAUUUCAUGUGCAGGAAUUAAACGAACCAAGAUUGGAACACAUGUUUGUCAGUUGAGAGUUGUUGGACUGGAUACUUGGAAAGAAGAACACUUUAAUGCAAUGAUUGAACAAGGAGGAAAUGAUGCAGUGAAUCGAAUUUUGGAAGCCGAAUUGAAAGAUCAAGAUAGGAAGGAAGAAAUGAAGGAUAUGACACGUUUUAUUCGUGCAAAGUAUGAAGAGAUGCGAUGGAAGGGAUGUAAAGCAUUGAAUGAGGUGUUUAUGAAGAGCUACUGGUGUAAUUUGAAGGAAUUAUUGGAAAGGAAUGGAGCAGUUGGUAGUAUUGAAAUAGUUUUGAAGAGUGUAAAUUCGAAUGAUUGUGUGAGAGUUAAACAAGGUCAGAAAAUGUAUGAAAUUAAUUUGAGAGAUUUUACAAUGGAACAGAUAGAGAAUUCAACCGAUAGCUCAAUUGAAUUGAGUUUAAACUCUUAUCAAUCAAUUGACAAACCAAUCUAUCAAGCAAUGAUUGAUCAGUCAGACGAAAUUUCAAUAUUUAGUAAUGGAAGAGGAUUUUUCAAACGUUCAGGGACGAGAUUGUUUGAUUUUAAUUUAGAAAAUGAUUUUAUUUUACAAAUUAUUUCUACAAUUAAUGGAAUUUUUGUAAUUGACAGGAAUUUGAAAGUUUACAAAUAUUAUUUCUUGAAAAUUUGUGAAAAUGAAAAGUUUACAAAUGGAAUUACUCUUCAAAAAUGCGAGAGAGAUGAAACUCCAUGUGGAUUGACCUAUUUUAAAUCAUUCAUUUCAAGAAUUUAUCCUAAUUUGUAUAAAUUCAUUGAAAAUGAUAAUUUGUUAACAAAUGAGGAAAUUGGAACGCUAAAUAUUAUAUUCAACAUGUUACUAUAUGAUAAUUAUGAUAUUAAUGGCAUUGAUUUAUUUUCAUUAGCUUGUAUUAUUAAUAAUUCAACCCCAGAUUUGGAUUUUUUUAUGGAAAAACUUGAGUUUUUAACAUUUAAAGAUAUGAAUGGAAUACAAACUGUUAUUGAAAAGGUUAAGAAUUAUAUUGGUGAAAAUUCUACUAGAUCAGUAUCAUUUCUUAAAUUAUAUUUAUUUAAAUGUUUACAAUUUAUUUCCAAUUAUGGAAAUGUUAAUAAUAUCAAGAUUUACUUACCAUUCAAUUAUAGUUUGAAACCUAAAUCGAAAGAAAACUUGACAUGUCUAUUUAAUUGUCAAAAAAGUAGUGAUAUUACUAUAAAAAUAGAAAAUGAAUUAUUUUAUUUGCAUCGAACAGUAUUAACAAGUAAAUCUUCAGUAUUUAAAAUAAUUUUGGACGAAAAUAGUAAAUUUAAUGAUGUGAAAAAUAAUAUUUUGGAAAUUGAUUGUGAAAUAUUUAAAAAUUCCAAAAAUGGAAAUGUUCCAAAUUUAAUGGUUAAAUGCUUUACAAUACUAUUUAACUAUUUUUAUGAUUUUGAAAUUGAUUUAUCAAAAUUUAACUUUUAUCUAAUGUCUACAUUAUUAGAAAUGUCUCAAUUUUAUCAACUCGAUCAAUUCCAUGAUAAAAUCAACAAUGAAUUGAAAUUUUUUCGAUUUUGA